AUGGAGACUCGGUCCUCUCCGUCCAUGUGGGAGCUCCACGCCAUCGCUCACGAGCGCGGUCUCAAGUACUAUAUGCAUUUGUCUAAACCCGAUCUCUUUUCGCUGUUACAGCGCAAAGAAGGUGGCGGAGGCUUAUUGAAACCGGUAAAAGAUGCCAAUAAGGACACCAUGCGGCUUACGGAGAGCUCGGAGGCAACGAUAACGCGGUCCAGCGAGCGCUUGUCGCUUCUCAAGAAGAAGCGCAAGACCCGCGAGAAUGACAAAGCAGAGGACAUGAGAGACAAGAAGAAGGCCAAGAUGGUUAUUAAUACGCUUGAUCCUAUUAUGCUUGCAGAACUUGGUCCGCAUACGUUUGAGUUUACGCGGACAAAUGGAUCAGUAGUAGUGUACAAUGUGGAAUCACUUGUACAGUACAUCUUGGCUACGGGGGACUUUUCUGAGCCUGAGACGCGAAUCCCGUUUUCGGAUAAGGACUUGUGUCGAAUUGAUAUUGAGGCAAGCAAGGCAAAGUUAAACGAGAAAAGUGUUGUGGAAGCCAUGAAGAACAAACACACGUUUGAAGAAGAGAAGGUUAAGCGAGAUGGUAUUUUGGGAUUGGAGAGAUGUGCGUCCGAGUAUGUGAACAAGAUGCUGGAGAUCGUGGAGAGCGAUGAUCCCGAGGAGGGAGAAAUGCUGUUAAUCAUGAACGUGUUUCCGUCAUUUUCGGAUAAUUUUGAGCAAAUUCGGAGGAAUGACUCGGAAUACGCCCGUCACAGCAUGAGCCACUUUAUUCAGUACAUGAAGGGUCCGAAGAAUCGUCCGACCGUUGAUCAGAGUGGUCUAUUGCCAGUCAUACUAGGCUUUCUUGAGGAUGUUGCCAAAGGCAAACAAGGUGCUAGUGCGUUUGGGUUUUAA